AGCUUCACGGGCGAUUGGAUCUGAGCUCUCUCGUCUCUGUUCAUCUGUGCUGCCGGCGUCAUGACGGCGUCAACAGAGCCAACCACAGCAGCUACACGGCGUCCGGGAUCAAACCCCCCCUCCCCCAUGAGCUCCUCCUUGAUGCGCGGCUCUCUCGAUCCCGAUCCAUUCAGAGGGGCUGCCCCUUCUCUCCUCCGCUCGCCGCUUGGCCGUAGAGAAGAAGUCCGGGCAGGGGACAUGGCCGCCGCCGGUGGCAUUUUCCCAUCGCGCCUCGAUUUGGCCGCCUCGGCGGAGGCGCUCGCGGCCUGGAGGGUCGGCGCAGCGCCUCACCUUGGCCUGGAGGCUCGCUGCCAUGGAGCUCACCUCGGCCUAGACCUGGGGCUCGACGGGGCCUCCCGGCCCGGUUCAUGGCCGCAGCCGCCCCGGCUGUGCACGCCGGCGUUGUGACGUGGUGGCCAGGGGCUGGUUGCUGCCUCGCCCGACCCCAGCGUGCCCGAGCCCAUCCGUGGAUCAUCCCUUGCCAAUUUAAUUAUUAUCUACAUUGGUUUUUGAGCAUUAGAUCCAUUAACUGAAAAGUAUGGACGUACUCUGUAUGUACAAAUCCACUUUACAUUUGUUUUCCCCCUGGGUUCAGUCUUUAAUCUCUUGUAAUCCCCUGGAUUCAGUCUGAAUCUUUACAUUAGACUCAGAAUCCUACCAUCUCCGUCGCUGUCACUCUGCAUACAACAUUAAUUCUUAUAUCUGAAUCAGGUUGGUUAGCUUUCGAUGUAAUAUUAUCCAUCUUGUCUAAAAUAAAUCCACAUUCUUACACUCUGGUUUCUUCUUAUACAUCCUACAAUCACUUUCUUCUUAUAAAUAUUUUUUAGCAAUUAGCGUAGAUUGACAUGAGUUUCUUUCAACACAUUUUAAGACAUAAUGUCAUAUAUUAGAUGGUAUAUGUGCGUCAACAGAGCAGAGGAUUCAGGUUUAGUCAUCCUCUGCAUUGCAUUUGAUUCAGAUUACUAUAAGAUGAUUUUUAAUAGAUAUUUGGUCUUACACAAGUCACAUCGGAAAUGUUUUUUUCCUAUAGAUUCAGAGUAGUAUUUUCACGAACCUAUCACUAAUGCAUUGCCUUUCAUUUUCAUUCACAUAUGCUUAAUACUUCUGAAUAACGUACGUCAAGAGAACCUAGGGUUCAGGUUUAGUGCAUCCUCUGCAUGUUAUUCAGACCACUAUAAUAUGAGUUUUUAAUAGAUAUUUUGUUUUUAUUGCUUUCUUAUAUCGUGUUGCGCCUUAUCUAGUUGGAAUAAUCAACAUAGAUUUAUACUUUUUGCCGUCUCAUUUAGCUCGAGAUCGACUCGACAUCGUUACAAGCUGAGCAUGAGUAAUGUUCUACAGCUUGACCUUGAGCUUCAUUCAGUUUGAGUUGCCUCGAAUUUUAAUAUGAAUUAAACUGAUUUGAUUUUAUGCCUGCUUAAUGUAUUGCGUUUCUUCUUAAAUUGACUCAAAAUUUUAUGUCUGGUUUACCUACACAAGGGCACAAUGAUGAAUUUUACGGAGGAUGCUCCUGUAAAGAAAGGCUCUGUUCUCUUAACAAAGAUGGAAAGUAUAACGGCAUACAAAAACCAACGUGGACAACCCAGAUCUGGAACUCCAGAACAAUCUGACACUCCAGUGUCUGCUAAUGACAUGUGUUCCCUUGCUGAAUGGCCAUCCCAUGCUCGCCGCAACCGUGCGCUACUACAGGAUGAAGCUGGUGGACAGAAGAAGAAAGUCCGAGGUGUUCUAAAAGGUUUUACAUCUAAGAAGCGUUUUUGCCAAUGGAUCUGCAAAGCUAAAUAUUACAUUCUCUGAAAAAUUGGGUGGUACAGUAGGAAUGAACUAUCGUUCGUUCAAGGACGGCGUGGUAAUCAUAAUGAAAAGAAAGUUACCACUCAUAGGAGUGAGGACGUGGUCGGACACUCACCCUACCAUCCAUCGACUCAUUGUUGCAGAUAUGAUAGACAGAUGGGACCUAGAAGAUACACCAGAAACAGAAGAAAAGAUUCUCAAAAUUGCGAAAGAGCGAUAUAGAGGCUGGGGAUCAACUCUAAGCUCCACUUACAAGGCAUACAAAACAGAUGCAGCUAGAUUGGCUAAUCUGCCGGAAGAUUUACAACCAGAAGAGUGGGAAUGGAUGAUUGAGUACUUUGGCACUGAUUCAAAAUUUCAGGAUCGCAGCCAAAAGAACGUCGAUAACCGUAAGAAACAGAAGACAAAACACAGAAUCAGAUCAAAAUCUUACUCGCAAGUUAGUUUUGAGAAGAGAAACUUGGAAACUAGGGAAGAGCUAGAUUGUAUUGCUCUGUGGGAACUCACCCACACGAACGAUGGAACAUGGUCUAACACAGAUUCCCAGAAAGUUUACGACAAAGCACUUGAAGAGGUUAAAAAUAAAGAAACUGAAACUGAAGGUCCACUUUCAAGUGAGCAGAAAAACAAUAUUUUUCAGACCGCAUACAAAGACACUCUAGAAUGCAAGUCAUCGCAGCCUUGUGGGUACGGAUACAUGGAGAAAACUUCAACUGGUUCUGAAAGGUUUCAUAUCCAGAUUGAAGAGCAAGCUCGUGCUACAGCAGCCACCCAGGAGCGAAACUCUCAGCUCAGCCAGCAGGUCAACGAAUUACAAGAUCAACUACAAGCUGAACGUGCAAACACACAAGAGAGGAUUAACUUGGAGCGUGCUGAGAGAGAACAACUUGAGGAGAGGUUAAAAGAAGAGCGUGCUGAAAGGGAAAGAUUGUUGCAAGAGGAGCGAACAUCAAGACUGGAAUUUGAAAAAAACAUGAUGGCAAAGUUUGUAGAAUUGAGCCAACAGAUGGGAAUCCAACAGGUGCCUACGAAGAGGGUUGACAACAAAGAAAAUAGUAAUCCAAACUUGCAAAAUAUUCUGUUACAGAGAUCUAGUCCUAAUAAGACUUCAGGUUCAAGGCCAACUGCUAUUUCUUCAAAUGCGCUCAUACAAGCUGCAACAAGGAAUUCUCGAAUGUUUAAAGCAAUGGAUCCAAAGAACUAGCUGGACUGGACUCUAGAUCACGGAUAUUUUAGUCUUCGCAGUUAAUUAGGAUGGCGAAAUUAUAUUUGAGUUUCAUUUGAUGGAUAUUUGCUAUGAGAAUUAUGAAUUUUAUGAAUUUACAUAUUAUACGUAUGGUUUUGAAUAUUGUAA